AUGACCAUAAGACAACUAACAAAAUGGCAAGGCGGCAGCCAUCUGUUACUGGGCAUCAUAGCUGUCCUCAGACCUCUGGUGAAGCCCAAGAUUGUUAAAAAGAGGACCAAGAAGUUCAUCUGGCACCAGUCAGACCGCUAUGUCAAAAUUAAGCGCAACUGGGGGCGCCUGGGUGGCUCACGCAACUGGUGGAAACCCAGAGGCAUUGACAAUAGGGUGCACAGAAGAUUCAAGGGCCAGAUCUUGAUGCCCAACAUUGGUUAUGGGAGCAACAAGAAAACAAAACACAUGUUGCCCAGUGGCUUCCAGAAGUUCCUAGUCCACAACAUUAAGGAGCUUGAAGUGCUGCUGAUGUGCAACAAAUCUUACUGUGCAGAGAUUGCUCACAAUGUCUCCUCCAAGAACCACAAAGCUAUUGUGGAAAGAGCAGCCCAGCUGGCAAUCAGAGUCACCAAUCCCAAUGCCAGGCUGCUCAGCGAAGAAAAUGAAUAG